UCUCUAAAGAAACAUUUGUUGUAUUCAUUUCACGUUCUUCAUAGUUGUGAUGAAUUUAACGUAUACCAUUUCGUUAUUUUUAUUAUACUUAUUCAAUAUUAUGAAAAUAACUAAUGGACAAUUAUUACCAGCUGACUCUACAUUGAAAUUUUCCAUUGUAAUUUUCAGACAUGGCGACAGAGCACCAUUUUUCGAUUACAAGACAAACCCACAUAAAGACGCUUUCCCUGAAGGUCCAUUCCAAUUGACAAAAAUUGGUAAGCAACACAUGUAUAAAAAAGGCCAAAUAUUAAGGAAAUUAUAUGAUGGUUUUUUAAGUAAAUUAUACUUGGAUAGUGAAAUUUAUACAAAAACAACGACGGUUGCAAGAACUCACAUGACAGCUGCAAUGGUUUUAGCAGGUCUUUAUCCGCCAACGAGCUACUUGAAAUGGUCAGAAAAUGAGACCGUGUGGACACCUAUACCUGUGUAUGGAGGAUCACCGGAUCACAGUGACGGAAAAUUAGCUAAUUGUCCAGCAUUCAAUGGUGUUCAAAAAGAUGCCCAAAUAUUUAAUGAUACUAAGUUAAAUGAAAUGCUUCCAUAUCUUUCAGAAAAAUGCGGUCAACUAAUUAAAUCUGAAGAUUUAUUUCCUUUAUAUGAUUUAUUGAAGUGUCAAAUAUCUGCUGGGUUAAAACAACCAGAAUGGUUGACACCAGAAAUAUUUGAGCAAAUAAAUACAUCUUUUGAAAGAAUAGAAAAAAAUAAACAGUUUGUAAAUAAAAGACUUCAGAAUAUGUAUACAGGUCCUUUAAUGAAAGAAAUCACUCAGAAAAUACAAGAAAAGUCAAAUGCUAACUCUAACAAGACCGAGCUUAAAAAAAUGCUUUUAUACUCUGGCCAUGACUACAGUUUAGGAUUUUUAGCUGCUAUUUUAGAUAAUCCGAUGCCUAUUUCUAGUUUUGGUGGCUCAUUACAUUUUCAUUUGUACUCUUUCAAUAAUAGUAUAGGGGAUGUUAUUAAGCUAUAUUAUCUUGAAAAUUGGAAUGACGAUCAAGGUGUAGAACUUCCGUUAAAUAGUUGUGGAAAACCUUGUACAGUUACUAGUUUUGUUAAAUUUGUUGAUUCAAAACUUACAAAAUCUUGGGAAGAAGAUUGUAAUGAUGUUUAGAUUUUUAAACGCAAGUCUGGUCUUUCUGUGUUGUUCACUGUUUACUGUAUAAAAAAUAUAAAUUGGUAUUGUAAUAAUUGUCAUUAAAAUAAAAUAAUCGAUUCAA